AUGGCAGCAAUGAGCUCUCAUCGCCUUCUAUUCACACAGCUUCACCUCUGCAACUCGCUGUUGCUCAUCCAUGUUCACCAUGCUACCUCACUCAACUUCAGAUUUGACUUCUCCGAGCCUGGUUCCUACUGUACCCCAGGUUCAGAUAUCGCCUGUGCUGGCGAUGCCUACCCCUACGCCCGCACGAUCGAGCUGACAAAGACCGACAUCAGCGACCGAAACCUCCGCAGCAUCGGCCGCGCGUGGUAUGCGCGGCCGGUGCAGCUCUGGAACAACACCACUGGUGAGGUGGCCAGCUUCAGGACCACCUUCUCCUUCCAAAUCAAGCCGGUCAACCUGGACGUCAGCGCUGACGGUAUGGCCUUCUUCCUCGGGCAUUACCCGUCAGGCAUCCCUCAUCGCAGCUAUGGCGGAAACCUCGGCCUCUUCAAUGGCAGCAGCAACAACAGGAACGCAACGGGCACCGCUAGGAUCGUGGCGGUCGAGUUUGACACCUACAUGAACAAGGAAUGGGAGAAGGAUGGCAACCAUGUCGGGAUCGAUGUUAAUUCCAUCGUCUCCGUCGCGGCGAUCUCACCGGACAAGAACUUAACAAGCGGCAACACCAUGACUGCCGAGAUCAGCUACGACAGCAGUGCAGAGAUACUGGCAGUCACCCUCUAG